AUGUCCAGCUGCAACAAGUCUUCCUCCAACUCUGGAGAAGGUUCUAACAACAAGACAUGGGCCAAGAUGUUCAAAAAAUCCGGCGGAGGCUUGAAGAAAUCCUACCAGCCUGGUAGCAUGCUGUCUCUGGCUCUCACCAAAGGCCUGAUCAAUGAGCCCGGACAGAACAGCUGCUUCCUCAACAGUGCCGUUCAGGUUUUGUGGCAGCUGGACAUCUUCAGGAGGAGUCUGAGGCAGCUCUCAGGCCACUUUUGUCUUGGCGAUGCCUGUAUUUUUUGUGCAUUAAAGAGCAUCUUCAGCCAGUUCCAGCAGAGCAGGGAGCGGGUCCUGCCCUCGGACAGCCUGCGUAACGCCUUAGCUGAAACCUUUAAAGAUGAGCAGCGCUUUCAACUGGGCCUAAUGGACGACGCCGCCGAGUGCUUUGAGAACAUCUUGGAGAAAAUCCAUUUACACAUCGACUCCGAUUCAGCGACCGAUUCUUGCACCUCCAAAUCCUGCAUCACACAUCAGAAGUUUGCUAUGAUGCUCUAUGAACAGUUUGUGUGUCGAUGUUGUGGGGCCUCUUCUGACCCUCAUCCGUUUACAGAGUUUGUUCAUUAUGUCUCCACUACUGCUUUAUGCCAACAAGUUGAGCGUUUGCUGGGAAAAACUGAGCGUCUGAGGUCCGACAUGUUUGGAGAAGUGCUGCAGGCGGCAAACAACACUGGUGACCUCCGGAGCUGCCCGAGCGACUGUGGGCAGAGCAUUAAGAUCCGCAGAGUCCUCAUGAACUGUCCUGAGAUCGUCACUAUUGGGUUUGUGUGGGACGCAGAGCAGUCCGACCUAACGGAUGAUGUCAUCAGGGCUAUAGGACCACGCCUGAACCUGACCGGGCUGUUCAACCGUGUGACGGAUGAAAAUGCCAAACGCAGUGAGCUACAUCUGGUGGGGAUGAUCUGUUUUUCAAGUAAACAUUACUCCGCCUUUGCGUAUCACACCAAAUCUUCCAAAUGGAUGUUUUUUGACGAUGCUACUGUAAAGGAGAUCGGAUCCAAGUGGAAAGACGUUGCAACCAAAUGCAUCAGAGGGCAUUUUCAGCCACUGCUAUUGUUUUACACCAAUCCAGAGGGAACCCCUGUGACAAACGAAGAUGCCCCAAGACAGACCACUAUGUGCCCACGCUACAAAAGUCAAGUCAAUGGGGACGUCUCAAAAGUGAAGCACCCUCUGGGCAGUCCAAACAAAUCUUACAUGGAGAGACCAAGCGACACGAGCCGCAAGGACAGAGGACAUCGUAAAAGCGACUCCACACAACACAAAGAAAUGGCUUAUGAUCGAUCUUCUUCUCCACCAGAAAAUGGACCCAGACUCGCUCCUGAUCACAAGCUGAAGACGUAUCCUCGCUCUGACAAGUCCAACCGCUCCAGCAGAGCCGGGCAGGACUUGCGCGGCACACAAGGGUCAGGGCAUUUGCGCAAAACCAACCCCUCCCCAAGUCGCCCUCAAGACCAGGACAGCGGUCAUGAACACUGGGAUAAGGGUGUUGCAAACCGGAGCAAAAUGAAAUCUACUUGGAGACCCAUUCGAGAGGUUCUGAAUGUGGACACUGUCCUGAACGAGCUAGAACGACGUCAACAACAGCACGACAGCCCCAACAAGCCUUUGACCCAGGACAGGGGCCACCUUGACCCCCGAGAGCGAGAGCGGGACACUCCUCACAGAGAUGAGCGGAAACAGAAGAGCUUAAUGACCAUCUAUGAAGAUGAGCAGCGCCACGAGACCGAGAGCCACAGCUCUGUGGACUCGGAGAGCCGGGCCCAACUCAGAGGCAGCCGCCUGAAGGGGGCGCCCAAGACGCUGCUGCGCAGUGAGACCUGGACCAUCCAGAGGACUGAGUCUGGCUACGAGAGCAGUGACCGGCUCAGCAGCGGCUCCACAAACCCAGACUCCCCAGGUGUGGACGGCUUCGUGUUAAAAGACCCACGAGCGGCAGAUGCACAGUUCAAAAGCCAUGUGCACCAAAAGGGGGUAGAGUCAAAGCCAAGUCCUUCUUCACCAUCGUACAAUACCAAACCUCAGGGAAAGAACAAUGACCAGGGAUCUCAUCCACAUCUAAAAGGCAGUCCAAGUUUAAGACGAAAGUCUAAGCACCCGCCCAAUUGUUCCAGAAAAGUGUCUUGCUCUGAAAAAGAGUGCAGCAGCAGCUGGGAGAGCAGGCCGUGUGAGGCGCAGGAGCACAGCACAGUCCUCAGGCACAUGGCCAAAACCAGCAGCUCUGAGUGGAACAGCUCUGAUGACCUGGUCCUGUCCGAGCCGGAGGACAGAGACAGUGCUUACCGCUCCAACAGUGAGCCUGUCACUUCUGAUUGCCAGUGUCCCCACUUAACCUUGGCCUUUCCGCCAAGCAGCGGGAGUUCAGAGAGCCAACAGAACACUGCAGGGUGCCCCCAUGUCCGGCCGGCCCCGCGGGCCGCCCCUCACCCAGGGGAGACCAGUCAUGCUGUGUUUCGUCCACGGAUGCUUCAAGAAGCCCACCUCUCGUCCCCCCACCUCUCCACUGCAUCUUACACCAGUCCUCACAUGAAAAGUGACAUCUCAGGACACCGCACCUUCUCAGACACUAGCUCCAAGUCGGGCUCGGAUAUGGAGAGGAGCACCCCGUCUUCCUGUGACAGCGAGGAGAGGCUGAGUGUUCCCCGUGCAGAGCCCAGUGCUGCUCAGGAGGUGUCUUUGACCACAUACUUCAACGUAGAUAACUGUAUGACAGAGACAUACCGUCUGAAAUACCACAACCAGAGGCCGCUGGUCCUCUCCGCCACAGUGCCGCGGACUGCUGUCCCCAGUGAGCGCAGAGAUAACACUGACACACACUCACAAGACGUGCCAAAAGCCAGGCCCGAUACAAGCCAUAAUAGCAAUAAACCCACAGCAAAAUGGAACCCAGUGUCACCCAAAGGACUGGAUGAACAAGGUUUCUUAUGA